CUAAGACUUGCUGAGUCGCCGCGUUCGCGCCGGUCUUCCCAGGUGGCUGCAGGCUUCAGCCCCACCCUGUCGUCACAGCCGAAAUGUCAGAAAAGGAGAACAACUUCCCUCCGCUGCCCAGGUUCAUCCCCCUGAAGCCCUGCUUCUACCAGAACUUCUCCGAUGAGAUCCCCAUCGAACACCAGGCCUUGGUGAAGCGGAUCUACCAGCUGUGGCUGUUCUACUGCGCCACCCUCGGCGUCAACCUCGUCGCCUGCCUGGCCUGGUGGAUUGGUGGCGGCUCGGGGGCCAACUUCGGCCUGGCCUUGGUCUGGCUGCUGCUGUUCUCCCCCUGUGGCUACGUGUGCUGGUUCCGGCCUGCCUACAAGGCCUUCCGAGCUGACAGCUCCUUUAAUUUCAUGGCAUUUUUCUUCAUCUUCGGGGCCCAGUUUGUCUUGACCGUCAUCCAGGCUAUUGGCCUCUCAGGAUGGGGUGCAUGUGGUUGGCUGGCGGCUAUCGGGUUCUUCCACACGAGCAUCGGAGCUGCCAUCGUCAUGCUGCUUCCGGCCGUCAUGUUCUCCGUGUCAGCCACCUUGAUGGCCAUUGCGAUCAUGAAGGUACACAGAAUCUACCGGGGGUCUGGUGGAAGCUUCCAGAAGGCACAGACAGAGUGGAAUGCGGGCACUUGGCGGAACCCACCUUCUCGGGAGGCCCAGUACAACAACUUCUCGGGGAACAGCCUGCCUGAGUACCCCACUGUGCCCAGCUACCCAGCAGGGGGCAGCCAGUGGCCUUAGAGGGAGCUGCUGGCCCACCUCCUCCACUCCUGCCACCGCUGUAGGUUGCGAGGCCCUGAGCCUCUGUCCCCUCCCUCCCGCCGGCAGCAGCCGAGGCGCCCAGCCGAGACGUGAGCACAGCAGCCGCGUUCACCUCAGCCCGAGGCAGCGCUCCCGGCAAGCUCUGCCACCACGUAGGACGUCCCUCGUGCUCCCAGGAAUGUUUGGUCCGUGUGUGGAGGUCAUGUCCUCUCUCCUCAGGCUGACCGUGGGCCUCCCCAGGGAGAAGUGUCGGCAGGCUGGCUGACGGGCUCCGUCCGGAGCUGAUGCUGCUCAGAGGGCCCCACCUCGUGUCCACCCACCCUCGGGACAGCUGCCGCGUGCCGGGUUAGAGGGGGUCUUGUGCCAGGACCCGACCUCCUGAGUGUGGCACCUUGACAUUGGCCCUGCCCCUGGCCACCUGCGCUGGUGGGUGCUCCCGGAUGAGCCUGCGGACAGCAGAGUGACCUGAGCCGCCUCUGUCCGUCUGACCCAGUUGCUCCACGCUGGCUGUUGGCCAGCCUUCCCCUGCCCACCGUCCCUCCGCCGUGGAGCUCUGGCGGCAGUGGAGCCAGGAACCUUGGGCGGGACCCGGCCUGUCCUGAAACCUGGGACUGAACCCCUCGGGAGCGCAGGGGGACGUCGGCCUUCCCGCCCCUCCACGCGCCGGCUGCCUGGGUGCAGGACGCCCGCGGCGGGGAGCGGGGCUCAGAGGAGCCCUUCCGAAGGGAAGGGGGUGUUUCCGUGCCUUACUGAGGAAUCCGAGCAGGCCCUUCCCUCUCCUCGCCCGGAUUCCUCUGACUCCACUUGCAGCACUGGGUGUUGGCGGGCCGUGGCAGCUUCGCUGCUGAAAGGUUCACAGGAACGCGAUAGCUGUACCCUUGUGGCAGGCUUCCCUCGCGCCGUGGAGAGAGCAUCAGGUGCCCCCGCGCCCCCGCCUGCCUGCCUCUGGCGGCACAGGCCCCUUCCGCAUCCCAUGCCAGCGCCCGAGGACGCCAGGCCCGUCUGCCCCACGCUUGCCUGCGCUCGCUGGCUGCUUGUACUGCCACUUGUGCCCGAGGUCACCGCCCUCCCUGAGGGGCGCCCAGGCCUGGGUCCGCUGUAGCGACCUCAGGCUGGCCUCCUGUGGCUGCAUCUCGUACACCCAGUGACAAAAGCUGUUAACCCGGCACAGGAGCAGAGUUGGGGGUUUAACAGAGCGCCCCUCCCCAGCCCCCCUCUUGUAUUUUGCACCUUUGUUACAAUGUGGGUUUUGUUACCUGAAAAUAUCCAGAAAAUAAAUCAGUCUUUGUGCAUCAG